AUGUUUAAUUUCAUAUUCAAAUCGUUGCCUUAUUUGAGGUGUGUUGUUGUAUCAACUUCAACACCUCAGAAACUACAUUUUCUUCAACAUUACCCACUAUCUUCAUCAUCCUCAACGCUCGAAUCCAUCCCUCGCACUGCAAAUCAAAACUCAUUCACUAUCGACUACCUCAUAAAAUCAUGUGGUAUAACUCCAGAAAAGGCUCUCGCAGCCUCCGAGUACGUGAACUUGGAAACCCCAGACAAACCAGAUUCUGUUCUUGCAUUCUUCAGCAACCAUGGAUUCACCAAAACCCAGAUCUCACUUCUCAUCCAAAGAUCCCCUCAGGUACUCUCGUCCAACCCCCAAAUAAACUUUUUGCCCAAAAUCCAUUUUUUCCAAUCUAAAGGUGUUUCAACAGAAGACAUUGCCAAAAUACUGACUGCAUUACCAGGUAUUUUGGAAAGAAGUUUGGAAAAUCAUAUAAUCCCAUCAUACAAUGUCUUAAAUAAAUUGCUCGAGUCUGAAGAAAAAACAUUUGCAGCUAUUAAACGUUAUGCUGGGCUUUUGUUGCAUGAUCUUCACAUAUUUAUGGUUCCCAAUAUUGAAGCUCUGAGAGAAUUAGGUGUGCCCGAAUCGAAUAUUGUGGCUCUCUUGACGGGUCAUCCUAAAGCUAUCAUGACUAGUACUGAUAGGUUUAAGGAGAUUGUGGAGGAACUAAAGAAAAUGGGUUUUAACCCUCAGAGCACGAAGUUUACUCUAGCAAUUAAGGCAAUGAGGACAAUGGGUAAAUCAACUUGGGAAAAGAAGGUAGAGGUUUAUAAGAAGUGGGGUUUGUCUGAAGAGGAGAUUUUGGUGGCUUUUCAGAAGCAGCCAUGGUGUAUGACGCCAUCGGAGGAUAAGAUUAUGGGGAUAAUGGAUUUUUUUGUCAAUACUAUGGGUUGGGAGUCUUCAAUUGUUGUGAAGAGUCCAUGGCUUGUUCUCCUGAGCUUGGAGAGUAGGAUCAUUCCAAGGUGUUCUGUUUAUCAAAUUCUGUUGUCGAAAGGUCUGCUUAAGGAGAAAAUUAGCUUGACUCGGAUGUUGGAGUCUCCUGAAAGUCGCUUCCUAAAGAAGUAUGUGCAAAAAUAUGAGGAAGAAGCUCCUGAGCUUUUGGAGUUAUACGAGGAGAAGUUGAAUCUUUCAAAGUAA